UUAGGGCAUCUCGCCAGGACGGCUGCGUCCCGGUCUGUGCGCCGGUGGUGAGACCCAGGUGUCUGUGCAGGCCUUUCUCCCUGAGAAACCGUCACCAGAGACACCGUCGCCAAUACUUCCUGGGGCACCCGGCAGUUCUGAGAGACAAGAAGGAUUAUUCUUUUUGGUCACCCACCGCUGGUUGCAUGGCUGCCGUGCAGAUGGAUCCUGAGCUUGCCAAGUGCCUCUUCUUUGAAGGGGCCACUGUGGUCAUCCUGAAUAUGCCCAGGGGGACAGAGUUUGGCAUUGACUACAACUCUUGGGAGGUGGGUCCCAAAUUCCGGGGUGUGAAGAUGAUCCCGCCAGGCAUCCACUUCCUCCACUACAGCUCUGUGGACAAGGCCAAUCCCAAGGAGGUGGGCCCUCGUAUGGGCUUUUUCCUUAGCCUGCGGCAGCGGGGACUGAUAGUCCUACAUUGGAACGCAGUCCAGGAAGAGGUAGACCUGUCUCCAGCCCCAGAAGCCGAGGUGGAGGCCAUGAGGGCCAACCUCCAGGAGCUGGACCAGUUCCUGGGACCUUACCCAUAUGCCACGCUCAAGAAGUGGAUCUCCCUCACCAACUUCAUCAGCGAGGCCACAGUGGAGAAGCUGCAGCCUGAGAACCGGCAGAUCUGUGCCUUCUCAGAGGUGCUACCUGUCCUCUCCAUGAAGCACACCAAGGACCGGGUGGGGCAGAAUCUGCCCCGCUGUGGCACUGAGUGCAAAAGCUACCAGGAGGGCCUCUCCCGGCUGCCUGAGAUGAAGCCCAGAGCUGGGACAGAGAUCCGCUUCUCAGAGCUGCCCACGCAGAUGUUCCCAGCAGGGGCCACGCCAGCAGAGAUAACCAGGCACAGCAUGGACCUGAGCUAUGCCCUGGAGACUGUGCUCAGCAAGCAGUUCCCCAGCAGCCCCCAGGAUGUGCUUGGUGAACUCCAGUUUGCUUUUGUAUGCUUCCUGCUGGGGAACGUGUAUGAGGCAUUUGAGCACUGGAAGCGGCUUCUGAACCUCCUGUGCCGGUCAGAAGAAGCCAUGGUGAAGCACCACACCCUCUACAUCAACCUCAUCUCCAUCCUGUACCAUCAGCUUGGCAAGAUCCCCGCCGACUUCUUUGUGGACAUUGUGUCCCAGAACAACUUCCUCACCAGCACCUUACAGGUUUUCUUUUCCUCUGCCUGCAGCGUUGCCGUGGACGCCACCCUGAGGCAGAAGGCUGAAAAGUUCCGGGCUCACCUGACUAAGAAGUUCCGGUGGGAUUUUGAGGCGGAGCCGGAGGACUGCGCCCCAGUGGUGGUGGAGCUCCCGGAGGACGCGAGGACUGGGUAG